AUAAAUAUCAUGAAGAAAAUAAUCAAAAAGUAAACUGUCCAGUUCUUCACCAGCCUAAUAAUAGUUUGAGACGUGGACGUGACCAGCGUCAACUAAUUGUAAGAGCCAACAGUGGUUAGUUAAAGUUAAAAUUCAAUAAAUUCCAGUUUUUCCAGCUUUAAGAAUUCACCGCAUGUUUACUUAAAGUUCUACACAUAACAAGUUUUAGCUGUGAGUGAUUUAAGUUAAUAAGCAGAUAACGGACCCAAUGCAUUUCUGGAUUUUAUGCAAUUGAGAAAGGUUAACUUUAGAGGUGAAAUAUAUUUUUUUACAAUUGUCACGCUGUUCUCUGCUGAUUCCAUCAAUUGAAUUAAAGUUAAGAUCAAAAGCGAGUCUUGCGAGAACCUGUUUGCAAAAUUAUAACAUAAACACAAGUUGGCAUUUAAUUUGUACACAUGUAUUUAGCUAAAUAAGUUAGAUAUCAACUUGCCUCCGUUUUUUGCUGACUAGGUCAAUACAAAUAAGCAAGCAAGAGAAAUUUGGGCUGCUAAAUAUUAUCUUGAAGCCCAAUCUUCUUCUCGAUAAGUGCGCACAUCAAACGGCGAUAUAAAGCACUGCAAUAUUUGAGAAUGUCCCCCAAUUCCUCAAUCCCUAAGGACGAACAGCCCGGACCUUCAUCCCGUCUUUUAGCUGGAUUAGACCAGUUCUCAACGUCAUUUUCCACCGAUAACAGGAGAACGAGUUGUAGACGUGAGGAAUGUUGUCUCAAAAAUUGUUGGAUCGUACAACGAUUGAGGGGAUAUCUUCCCGACCUGACGGCGAGACAAUGGCAACUUUUAACAGUUUUCGCCGUUGCCGAUUUCAUCGCCGGUAUCGUGUAUAACAUUAAAGGACCAUUUUAUCCGGCAGAGGCACAGAAAAAAGGCGUCACUGCAGCCCAGUUCGGCUUGGUGUUUGGAAUUUUCGAUCUAACAAAAGUUUUUGCCUGCCCGAUUUUCGGAAAAUAUAUGUCAUUAUUCGGUCCAAAAAAAGUUUUCAUAAUUUCCAUGAUGCUCAUCUCAGUGUGUUCGAUUGCAUUUGGAAUGCUUGAAAAAAUUGACGAUGCUACCCUCUUUCUCAUCAUGUCUUUAAUAAUACGUGUCGUCGAAGCCUUUGGAAGUGCUGGCUUCUCAACCUCCACCUUUUCGAUAAUUGCGUGCGAAUUUCCUUCCACAGUCGCAACGACGUUUGCGUCACUGGAAACAUUUUUUGGGAUGGGGCUUAUCGUGGGACCACUUUUGGGUGGACUAGUUUUCCAGUCUGGUGGAUAUGACGCUCCCUUCAUCGUCACGGGUCUCUUGUUUUUCACCGCCGCCCUUGUAAUCUUAUCUGUAAUGCCGAAUCCGACAUCCUUAUCGUCAAACAAGGAUUCGAUUGCAAUCUUACUAACUGACGACACGAAACCGGCCGAAGAAGGAUUCAGUAUCUUCAGUGUGAUCAAAAUUCCGGUCGUAGCUCUAGCUGCAUUUGGCGUUUUUGCCUCUGCAAGCAGUGCGGGUUUCAUUAACGCCACGUUGGAGCCUCAUAUUCGACAAUUUGGAUUGUCACCGCUUGGUGUUGGGAUCGUUUUUGUAAUUUAUGGGAUCAUUUAUACCCUCACGGUGCCAAUUUGGGGGUGGCUUUGUGAUCGAAUGACGCAACCAAAAUUCAUCACCUUGAUCGGAGCUAUCCUGAAUCUGGUCACUUUCCUAUUAAUCGGACCAGCCCCAUUUUUUGGGUUUGAGUCCAUCCUGUCCACAACUUGUAUUGCACUUGUGAUUCACGGUUUGGCUUUGGGGGCAAUGUUCGUGUCAGGAUUUGUGCUUAGUUUACGAUACUCGAUAGCGGCCGGAUUUCCCAAUAAUAUGGCCACGUAUGGAGUCGUUUCCGGCAUGUGGACAUCUGCCCUGUCGCUGGGCAUGUUUUGUGGUCCAGUGAUUGGAGGAGUGCUCUUGGACCAUGUUGGUUUCCGGUGGGGCACCGUCUACGUUUUGGUUUCGAUGAUAAUUUUGAUUAUAUUGAUCGUAAUAUUUCUCACCAAAAAUGGAUUAAACAUCAAACACAAUGAUACCUUUGAAGUUCCAGAAGCUGUUCAACCACUUCUCAAGAUAAAAACGGUAACAUUCUACUCUUCCGAUGAUGCCAGUGGGGGGAGUAGUGGUCAAGCUCAACUUAUCUCGUACGGGAGUGCUUAGAUCUAAAAAUUCUCCGAUAUUCGAUACGUUAAUUUAAAGUUAGUGUAAUUAAGUUAUAUCGACCGCAAGUACAAUAAAAAAAGAAGCGAUACAACGAA